UACCAUACAAUGUUUUCUUUUGCUUAUCGAAAAAGCACACGGCCGUGAUAAGCAUCGUGAUAAGUACCAAUGUUACAUGUGCCAAGGUAGACCCUUAAAUAUGUCGUAAAGAAUUGAAAAGGCGUGAAUUUUGAAUCAAAAUUUUUGCUGUGCUCCAGGGUGAUAGUAACAGAUAGCCCAGAAGUUGCGUGAAGUAACUGGCAAGAGAAUGUUAGUCAAACGCAGUUUUUUGUUUCUUUCCAGAGGUGGGCUGCAAACUAUUCCAAAACAUCCAAUAAGUUCGAGCGCUACCUUAUUUGCUGUAAGACCGAAACCUCCGCCCUCUAGAUUAACUGUCCAACCAAACCAGACUAAAGAAUUUCGGGACGAUCCAGACUUUUCAUAUGUGGAUGGCCGCCUUGCUCCCUAUGGUAUGGGGCAAACCAUAAGAAUUAAACAGCAAAUAGAAUUUGUGAAAACAAUAUGUAAGUACUCCAAAGAACUAGAUGCUGUGAAAGCAGAAUCUGCUGCAAAACUCAAAGCAGAACAAGAUGCAAUUCAGCACAGAUUAGAUCGCAGACUGAAACCAAAAGGCGAUAAGCAUCCUCAUACCUCAACUCAGGAUUCUGCGUAGGAAUAUUGAUUUUUUAUUUAUUUUUACUUUAAAUUUUUGUUUCCUCCCCUCAAAGUGAACUAAACUUGUCAACUUCAUUUUCAAAAGAAUUCAAGAAGGCAGAAGAAAAGUAACAUGAGCUCAAAUUUUUGAAGGUGAACACACUUGAGUCUAUCUCCGGUUAUCAACUGGCAUAAGUUUUGCUCUUGUACUGAUAAUGAGGUCAUGAAGUAUGUAUAAUUCAUAAGAUUAAUUAGAUGUAGUUUUAGAAUUCUGUUGUAUUGAUUGUAAAUUGGAUGGAGCUAAACAAGAAUGCACCAAGUCACACUUUGGAUGAAUGAGUCAGAAGUAGGUAGUUCUGAAUUCAAUCAACUCAUAAUCUCCAGUCUGAAAUUCAAUGUUGAGAAAGAAUAUUUUGAAUAUAAAAGUAGUCGAUUUUCAUCAUACUGAGUCUCAUCGAGGGAGGAGAAAACUUCAAACCUGCUUUUUUCAGUAUUUAAGGGAAAUGUUGCUCGCGCAGGUUUCUACCCCUCUUUAUUGAGAAUUUCGCUUUUAAACUGAAUUCUAGUGCAUGUCAGCCAAAAAAAUUAACGGUGUCCUUUCCUCAGUUCAAACUUGAUGUGUCUUAGUGCAUUGUUGUUAGACUCGGUCCAAUUUCUUUAUCAUUAAUAUUUUUGUUAAAGUUCUUUUUUUUAUUUUAAAAAAAGUUGCUAACAAUGAGAAUAAACCUUUCUUCUCAAAACUCUU